UCUCUUCGGAUUCGUAUCAUUACAGUUAAGCGGUGAAGCCUGAAUGAUAAAGGUAGGAUGAUGCUGCUUGCAUAGGUACGACCAGCUUUUCUUGCGCUUCUGAAACCCCCAACUUUUUGGUCGAAUUCAUCACGGUGCAGUGUACGUACUACAACCCAUCCUGCAGGUCCACACUCUAUCUGAGAAUUGCAGAUUCAUUAACAUGCAUGCAGAGCCCAUACGUCGAGACACCCUCAAGUCACGCCCUGCCCACUGGGAUGCCGUCAUCCACGGUUCAAAUCAGAUGGGUUUGGGAUUUUGUUCAUGCGCAUCACGGCUUCCCAAUCAUAUCAGAAACACGUGCCUCCAUAUCUUCUCCCUGGUAGUCUCCAGUCCCUGGGCAAUGGUCAACGGUUCUGCAGCUGCAAAACUUGAUUCGCCCUUGACGCUGUUUCGGAUGGGCUGCCUGUGGUUUACCCCCGUGCCAUCCCUUUGGCCAGCUGCAAGCACGUUGCACUCGCGGACAAUGAAACCCAAAGCAACACUUCCGGUUGGGUUACUUUAAGCUCCAGGGUCGUCAAAGAAGUCCCCAUGCCAUCCAGCCGGCCAUGCAUCACAACAGCCUGCUUCUU